UUGGGGAGUCGCGCCCCACACCAUUUGCCCUCCCCUUUCCCCUUCCAUUCUCCACCCCCGCGCGAAACGCAGGGAGAGAAACCCUAGGCUCGUCGGCGGGCGCGACCGGCGAGAGCGCGGCGACGGCGAGGAACAAAGGUGGGGGGAGUGCGUGACAACGACCACCACGCGGAGGCGAGCGGUACCAGCUGACCAAGCAGCGCGCGCGCGACGAGAGAAGGGGAGGGGGAGAAGGAAGGAGGUCCCGUCGGUGACGCGAGGCGGGGGACGGCGAACUGCUACAUCUCCGGGAGAGAGAAGCAAAAUCGCAAGUCGGCAAUGGAUCUGGUGGUGGCAGGGCGCGGCGAGGCCAUCAAAUGGCUCCUGACCAAACUCGGGGCGCUGCUUGCUGAUGACUACACUCUGAUCCAAGGCGUCCGUGGUGACAUACAGUUCAUCACAGACGAGCUCGGCACUCUGCAGGCGUUCAUUGGCGACCUCGGCCGCACGGAUCCCCACUACCACGACCUCCGGACGAGGGAUUGGCUCAAGCAGAUCCGUGAGGUCACCUACGACGUCGAGGACUGUGUUGACGACUUCGCCCACCGGCUGCAUCACGACCCCACAGCCGACCUUUGCUGCUGCUCGUUUGUUGCCUUCAAAAUCUAUGAGGUCUGGACGUGGUGGCCUUGCCACGAAAUAGCUUCUACCCUAUCUGAACUCAAGAUGCGGGCGCAGCAAAUUGGGGAACGGCGCAUCAGAUACGGCCUUGACAACCCAAAGACCAGCAGCGACAGGCCCGGUGGAGCUGACAUUGGGUUCAAUGCCGCAGAGAAUCAGCAGACAAGGCUUGCGCUUGUUAGAACCAAGACACCUGUGGGAGUUGAAAGGGACAUGGAGAUGCUUGGGAAAUGGAUGCUGACAGCUGAGGGGCCGGCAGUGACCAUUGCAGAGCAACUUCCAAGCAAUAGCACUGUUGUCCGUGUGGAUGAACCUAAUGCAGAUCCAACAAACCAUGGUGUGCUAUGCAUAGUCGGAUUGGCAGGGGUGGGCAAGACCACAAUAGCCAGAUCAUUAUAUCAAAACUUCAGUGAUCAGUUUGACCGCAGGGCGAUGGUCACAGUGUCACAGAAAUCUGAUGUAGAGGCAGUACUAAGGAGUAUACUCUACCAGAUCAUGCCACAGGUCAGAGAAGGUACCAGGCAGCAGCGGUGGUGGGACACAUCUCAUGGCAGGAAAAAAAACAACACGGGCCAAAACUAG